CUCCUUAUAUUAAUUUGAUCUGAUCUACUGUGAGCAUGAUAGUUAAAAUAAAUCAUAAUUGAAUUGACGGCAGGAAUGAAUCAGCUACGUGACACAAUUUAAUGAAUCAAAAUUCAUUGCUUUUUCGGACCUUACUGAUAUCCGUUUCUUCCUCUGGUCAUUUUCAUUCUUCAACGCUUCUCGUCGCCAAUGGCUUUUAUGUACUUUUAUGAUUUGGCCGGUCGGAUAUUGUUUUUAUGAAACAAGAUCUCCGUGUCGUAAGAACGAACCUUCUGAGCUGAGUUUACUGUUGCUUUAUUGCCUUCUACUCUAUCGCCACACCGAAUCCUUCGUCUCUUUACCAGGCACCUGCACUGCUUUUGCCCUUUCCCGUCCUCACCACACCUUGCCAUUGCACAGAUUACCGGCGUUCCGUACAAACCAUGGCCGAAGAACCAGACCUUGCUCCGGCAGACCACUGGCUCUCCCAAGCUCGGUUUCUUAUUCCUACGGCUCUCGACAAAGCCAGGUCCGCCUCGGGCUUUACGGUCCGCUGGAAAUCCAUCAUCUCGAAGCUCGAGCAGCUUCCCCCCUGCCUCUCCAAUCUUUCCAGUCACCCCUUCUUCUCGAAAAACUCUCUUUUUCGCGAGCAGCUCCAGUCUGUAUGCGCCACCCUUGAAGAAGCCAUCCUCCUUGCUGGCGGCAGUACCGCAAUCGCCGGGAAGCUCCAGAUGCAGAGCAACCUCGAUUCUCUAUCCGCUAAGCUCGAUCUCAACCUCCGCGACUGCAACCAGUUGAUCAAAACCGGCGUCCUCGGUGACGCCACCGCGCAGUCAGGCCAAGCCGAGGCGGCGCGGUUGAGAAUCCAGGAGCUCCUUGCCCGCCUCCAGAUCGGGCACGCCGAGGCCAAGAAUCGGGCAAUUGAAGGGUUAGUGGAGGCUAUCACUGAGGAUGAGAAGAGUGUGCUCCUGGUGCUCGGCAGAACCAACAUAUCUGCUCUGGUUCAGCUCCUCACAGCAACGGUUCCCAGGACAAGGGAAAAAGCCGCUACCGUCUUGUGUAUGCUGAGCGAGUCCAGAAUCUGCGAUAAUUCACUAGUAUCCGAAGGGGUUCUCCCUCCGCUUAUAAGACUAGUGGAAUCCGGGACGCCGCUCUGCAGGGAGAAGGCAGUGAUGACGCUCGAGAGGUUAUCGAUGUCCGCCAAUACCGCUCGCUCUAUUGUCGGUCACAGCGGCAUUCGGCCACUUGUCGAGGCCUGCCGUACCGGUGACUCCAUUGCACAGUCAGCCACCGCCGCCACUCUUAAGAAUCUCUCUGCAGUGCCGGAAGUAAGACAGAGCUUGGCCGAUGAAGGGGUCAUCAAGCUCAUGAUCCAUCUCCUCGAUUAUGGAAUCAUGCCGAGAUCAAAGGAGCACGCGGCUGAGUGUUUGCAGAAUUUGACAUCAAGCAAUGAGAGCCUUAGAAGGACAGUGGUCUCCGAAGGAGGAAUCCGUAGCCUCUUGGCCUAUCUAGACGGGCCCCUGCCGCAGGAAUCUGCGGUGGUUGCGCUGAAGAAUUUGAUUGGUUCCAUUUCAAUGUCGGCUGAUAAUCUUGUUUCCAUCAGGCUCAUUCCUCGGCUGGUUCAUGCGUUGAAGGAAGGAUCCCUAGGAGCACAGCAGGCAGCGGCAUCCACCAUUUGCAGGAUUUCAAGCUCGACAGAGGUGAAGAAACUGCUGGGGGAGUUCGGGUGCGUUCCAGUGCUGCUGAAGUUGAUGGAAGCCAAGACAAAUGGAGCAAGAGAAGCUGCGGCUCAAGCUGUAGCAAAUUUGAUGAGUUACACGCAGAACUGCAAGGAAGUAAAGAAGGGAGAGAAGAGCGUGCCGAAUCUGGUUCAGCUACUUGAUCCCAGUUCUGAAAACACGGCUAAGAAGUAUGCGGUUUCCUGCCUUCUCUAUCUGUCAUCAAGCAAGAAAUGUAAGAAACUGAUGUGCUCUUAUGGCGCCAUUGGAUAUCUCAAGAAGCUUUCGGAGAUUGAUGUGCCUGGUGCGAAGAAGUUGCUGGAGAGAUUGGAGAAAGGGAAGCUGAAGAGCUUUUUCAGCAGGAGAUAGAUGCUGACAGUUCUCUUCUUACUAUAUAUAUGCCACUGUAAUGCUUUUGCUAUAGCUCUGUACCACCUUUAUGCUUCAUUAUCUCCAUGAAGUCGCAAAGUUAGUUGUCCUGAUCAUCCAAACUUUCUGUCUUAUCUCCAUUGCUUGUUAUUAAGUUGUUUUUAUAUGUUUUUGUUGCUUUAUGAAUUGUUCUUCACAUUCCAAUCGGUUGAAGCAACAUUGAGUGCUUAAUUACAACACGCAUCUUAUAACAGACAAAGGUACAGUGUGACAAUAUAACUGCUUUGCUUUCAGGUUUGGAAAUCAAUAAUGUCAACUUUUGUCAUUGGUCCCUUCUUUGAUGUCGCUUCAAAAUUAGAAAUGGCUUUUGGAUUAUAUUUGGUGAUGAACUAUAGCUGCUAUUAUUAAGAUUAUAAGUGUAAGAGAAAUGUGUAAAAGAAAAAGGGAGAGCCUAUUAAAAAAUAAAAGGCUCCAAAAAAUCUUUCAGGGAUUCCUGAAGAGAAAAACAGCCUGAAAUAGAAACCAGAUGUAAAAAGAAUGACAGAAGGAGCUUGGCCUGGACUCAGGAAAUGUAGUGAAAUAAACAACAUUGACGUAGGCAGCAGUUCCCCUGGUUGCUGGAAGAUCAUCUAAAGGGAGGGUCAAAGGCAAGAAUUCAUCAUCGUCCAAGGCCCAAAAUCACAAAACCUGCCAGAUCAUAAGGACGUAGCACGAAAAUCAUCAUAGAUACAAAAGCACCGAUGCAACCCAAGUAAAUGCGAUCAAACCAAACCGCCAGAAAACAAAUUUAAAAAAAAAUUGAUUGGUUCCCAUAGGAGAAAGCUCAUCAACAAUUUUUAAGCCUCCCCUUAAAGCCAUCCAAGAGAAAACAGAAAAUCUAAGAGAGUGUUUCUUAAGCGAAACCAUAGGGAGCCAAUCAUUGAUAGUGUCAUCCACAAAAAAUUCAGAGUAGAACUAUUUAUAAGACACAUUAUCUUUAUUAUCCCAAAUUAAAUGGUUGGGCUUUGUCUGAGAGAUGGUAAUGGCAGAGAUAAUAUCUCUAAUAUGUGGACUUAACCGGUGAUCAUAAGACUUCGUUUGGAACGGCUUUUUUACUGCUUCUUAAAAUAGCUUUUUAGUAUACUAAAAAAAUUUUAUGCUAAAAAACAGCUUUAAGAAGCAAUAAAAAAGUUGCCCCAAACGAAGCCUAAAUUAGAGCAACAGGGCUAUUCUGAUA